AUGGGGCGGACGCGCGGCCGGCGCGGGCGAGGCGGCGAGGGCUGCACGGGGACGGGCCGCGGCCGGGGCGCGACUGAACGAUCGACCGCGCCGCGACGCCGCCGCCCCUCCCCCGCACACCCCUCGACCGCGCAGGCGCGCCGCGACGCCGCACUCGCCCGGCCUGACCUAGUGCGGGCACGCCGCCUCGCCCGCUCUCCGCUCGCCCCCGGUCGAUGA